GAAAAAAAUAUUCUUGUUUCCAACUUCUCGUACCCGGAGGCAUCAGCAGCCAUAAUUCCUCCAGCCUCCAAAGUCCAACCCCCUCUGCUCCUUACCCAUCAUGACUACUGAUCCACUGAAACCCAUUGUCGAAAAGUCCAGAAUUUCACUCACCAGAACUCAUUAGCAACCCCCAAACACAUCGCCUGAUUUCCAUCCUAAGAAAAUGGAAAAGAAACAGAGAAAGAAGGUUAAAAAACCCAUGUCAGAAACUGAAAGCAACGAUCUUGAUGACAUCUCCUGCUUGUUUUUUCAAAAAGGAAUAAUGGGUUUAUUUCUUUUAAUCAGUAUCUUCAGUCUCCUCCUCAGAGUUGCAGUUUCUCUCCAUUCAUAUUCAGGUGCAGGCACUCCACCAAAAUUUGGUGACUUUGAAGCUCAACGUCAUUGGAUGGAGAUUACAACUAAUUUACCAAUUAAAGAUUGGUACUUUAACACUACCAACAAUGAUUUAAGUUAUUGGGGUCUUGAUUACCCUCCAUUAACCGCUUACCAGAGUUACUUUCAUGGUCUUUUUCUCAAGCAUUUUGAUCCAAAUUCAGUCUCGUUGUUUACUUCUCGUGGUUAUGAGACACAUUUUGGGAAGUUGCUAAUGAGGUGGACAGUUUUAUCAUCUGAUUUAUUGAUAUUUUUCCCUGCUGUUCUGUAUUUUGUUCUUGUGUAUUACGGGGGCAACCGGUCCGGUGGAAAUAAGUGUGAUGUAGCAUGGCAUAUUGCUGUUAUUUUAAUCAAUCCUUGCUUGAUCUUAACUGAUCAUGGCCAUUUUCAGUAUAAUUGCAUCAGUUUGGGCCUUACAUUAGGUGCUGUUGCUGCUGUGCUCUCGCAGAAAGAUCUUUUAGCUUGUGUUCUGUUCUGUCUCUCUCUUAACCAUAAACAGAUGAGUGCAUAUUAUGCACCAGCGUUUUUCAGCCAUCUGUUUGGUAGCUGCUUAAGGCGUAAGGAUCCCCCGCUAGAGGUUUUAAAAUUGGGCUUGACUGUCUUAGGAACAUUUGCUAUUGUUUGGUGGCCCUUCCUUCAUUCAAGAGAUGCCUUUUUUGUGGUUCUUUCACGGCUUGCUCCUUUUGAGAGAGGUAUAUAUGAAGAUUACGUGGCUAACUUUUGGUGCAGCACCUCAGUUUUAAUUAAGUGGAAGAGAUUAUUUACAACAAAUUCUCUGAGGUUUCUCAGCUUAGUCGCUACUAUAUUGACAUUUCUGCCUUCAAUGAUUCAACAAAUAUGGUCUCCCAGCAGCAAAGGUUUUCUUUAUGGGUUGCUGAAUAGUUCUUUGGCGUUCUACUUAUUUUCAUUCCAAGUUCAUGAGAAGUCCAUUCUGCUGCCGCUUCUGCCUGCAACCUUGUUGGCUAUGGAAUUGCCUGGUGUACUCUCUAUGUUAUUAAUGCAUUCUGCAUUGCUCUCUAUGUUUCCUCUUCUGCGUCGUGACAAAAUGGCUGUGCCUCAUAUGGCUCUUUACAUGCUUUCCAUCCUUCUUUAUCUUGCACCUUGUGGAAAACAGCAUUUUAAAAAGCAUCUUUCUAGGUCUAUGAUCACAUUCUCAAUUGUGAUUUCAUACCUGUGCUCCCUUGUUCUUCAUAUUCUAUACUUAACCGUUCGCCCCCCUGAGAAGUAUCCUUUCCUUUUCGAAGCAAUGAUCAUGAAUUUCUGCUUCUCUCAUUUCUUAGCCUUCACUGUUUAUACCAACGCAAAGCAAUGGAUGUUGUCAAGACAAUCUACAUCAAGGGAUAAAGAAAAGAAACUUAAUUGAUUUUUGUGUUUUUUACUUUAGGUUUCUAGUAUUAGCAUGUAGGAUUUUGUUUUGCUGGUGGGGAGCAUAGAUAUGGAGGUGGCAAUGGCAUAUGUAAGCAAUUUGCCGGCUGGCAAACUGUUGUAUUGGAUCAUAUCUCAAUUGAAUUAUGCAGCUCUAGUCUCACAUUUAUCA